AUAUCAAAGGCGCCUUUUCCUCUGUAUGUGCUUGCCUCCAAGUUCUUGUUCAAUGUCGAUUUCGGUAUUAGACUUCUCUUCAAGUAUAUUCAUUCCUUCGGUAACACCUUCAAACUUUCCAAAUAUUUCCGGAUACUUGCUUGACACGGGUAAAUUUACUAAUAGUAACCGGAAAAACAUUGUUAAGAUCGUUACCCAAAAUGAAGCAAUAAAAUAUUCUUUGGGCCAUAAUCCUGCAAUGUCGAGGGUUGAUAAUGUGAGCUUUGAGAAGGUAAUUUGUGAGGAAAGAGAGAGCUUAGAGUGGUACGAACGCAUCGUGUGUUAUAUACCACGUUAUACAUUAUAGUGAAGUACCUAUUUAGCCGUUUACCAGAUCAUUUUUACAUGUGUUCGAUUUGACAUUUUAUUGUGUCAA